AUGGAAGUCGCCGACCCUUCUCGUGCACCCCCUGAAUAUAAGGAUGUCGCCUGGAUUGCCGACACCUGCAAGUUACUGAUGGGUAUUGGCUGGACAACCAAUUACGUCGGUAUGAUCUACAAGUCGCUGAAGGAUGAGACAUACGCCAUGGCGCUCAUGGCGCUAUGCUGCAACUUCGCUUGGGAGCUGACUUAUGCUCUGAUCUAUCCGUUUGGCAGCGAUCUGGAGAUAGAAUGGGGGCAUUCGCCAUUGGUGCUGCGCAACCUCCCCUUGAUCUUUAUCAUUUGUGUCUCUGGCUUCAUGUCUGGACAUGUCGCGCUAGCUGCACAGGUCGGGCCCUCCCUAGCACAGGCCUGGAGUGCAUAUGGUUGCCAGCUGCUUUUGAGUGUUGGGGGGUUGUGCCAACUGCUGUGUCGAGGGCACUCGAGAGGAGCAUCAUAUUUCCUGUGGUUUUCUCGGUUUUUCGGAUCGCUGGUUCUUGUCCCCCAGGAUAUUUUGCGGUACAAAUACUGGCGAGCAGACCAUGAGUACAUGGGCUCUCCCCUCUACAUUUGGUUCGUCUGCAUUUUUCUCCUAUUGGAUGGCUCCUAUGGCAUCUGCUUGUGCUGUACUGGUUCUGUGGUGUGA